CAACAACAACAGGGCAACAUGUCAAAGCUGGACUCUUAGCUCACUGCAAACACAACACUAUUUGGAUCGGUUGGAUGUGCAGUCGCUGGACAUUUCACAUGGGGUAAAAUGUCCCAGAAUGCAGCAGGAGAAGCACAGAGGAGUUCCCAGACUUUGAGGGUGAAGAUGGUUCUUUUGGGAGGAUCUGGAGUGGGAAAGUCCAGUCUGGCCACGCGUUUCGUCAAAGGAGAGUUUAAGGACAAUGAACCCACUGUGGGCUGUGCGUACCAGACUCAUGAGGUGAGUGUGAACGGGACCCGUCUGCGCUUUGAGAUCUGGGACACGGCGGGACAAGAGAAGUACCACAGCGUCACGCCUUUGUACUACAGAGGGGCACAUGCUGCUCUGGUGGUGUACGACAUCAGCAAGAGGGAGAGCUUCUUGCGUGCCCAGUUUUGGCUGAAGGAGCUGGAGCAACAGUACAUCCCCGGCUCCACUGUGGUCUGGCUCGUGGGCAACAAAGCAGAUCUGGCUCACAACAGACAAGUCUCAGUUCAGGAGGCUCAGAGUCUGGCUGAGGACAGAGGUCUGGGCUUCAUGGAAACAUCUGCUCUGUCAGGAGACCAUGUCCACCAGCUGCUGGUCACUGUGGCGUACCGCGUCCACGAACUGACCUGGGACCAGCGGAGUCUGUCUGCGUGGGACGAGUAUCACAAAGUGGACGUCCAAAACACGGGCUUCUUCAGCUCUUUGCCGUCCUGCUGCAACAUCGCGUCAUGAACUCAUCAUUCUGAACCCAACCACGUCAUAUACUGAAACACCGUCUACUUUAUUUGGUGAUUUUCUGAUUACUAAGGUCAAACCAAAGCAAAAUGUUGUGUUUCUGAUGUCCCCACACGUGUUAAAGAGGGGUACUUUAGUCCUAUUGUGUAUUAUUUGCUAACACAUUACAUAAUUAGAUCACGUGUCACUUUUUAUUGUUUUGAACACGCUAAAUUCGCCGAAAACAACAUAUUAGCAUGUUUUAUCAGUUUCACUUUUGUUUAUUCUCCUUUUAACACCAAUACAGUCGGUCUUAAUGAAAUUACUGCACAUCGCACCAGGUUUGUGAAGUCAUAGUGUGUUGUUUUGUGCCAUGUUUUUGUAUAUUUAUGGAGAAUUGUCAUGUGGGAGUGUGGGCGAUGAAGGCUUGUGGGCGGAGCCUUGGACAAAUCUUACGACUGACCAUAAAGAGGGUCUGGACAGGGCCUGGGAGAGAUCGCUAAAUGACUCAAACAUGCCUGAGUGACACCUUAAAAAGCGGAACGACGUUAUAACACGGCACAAAGCUCCAGAAACUUGAUUUUACAUAAUAGCUCUUCUUUAAGCACUUUGAUUUUCUCUGUGUUGUUUGAUUUAUUAAGACAAAAAGUGCAAUUUUUAUAACAGUUUUUCAGUGUUUGUCUGAGGUGUUUUGUGAAUUGAUUAUUUUAAUGUUUGAGUCAUAACAUAAACACAAAAAACAUAAAUAUUAAACUGUUCAAUAUGAUCCAAAUCCUUCACAGUGCAGAGAUAAGUAUUCACUCUAUAAGUGUGAGUAAAACUAAAGCCCCACAGUGUGUCUCCAUGACAACUAUCAAAUAACACACAUGCAAAUACAGACACACACACAUACACACACUCACAUACACACACACACACAUAUAUAUAUACACACACACACAUACACACACACCACAUUCAUAAAUAGGCAAGUUUUUGUUAUUUUUGUUUUUUCCAGCUGUUUUAAAUAAACCCUCAGACUUUCCAGCAAGUCUCAAACAAUAAUGAAAAGUGCUUUUACUUUUCAGUCCAGUUUAAAAUGUAGUGGAGUAGAAAGUACAGAUACUGCUCUCAAAUGUACUGACGUAAAAGUAAAAAGUAUCCACAUUCCACCGCUGUAUAAAUCUGACUCUUUUCCUCAAACUUAUGACUAAUAUUGUAAAUUCAUAAAACAAAUGGAAUAUAAACAAAACCACAUGUUCAGAAUGGAGUGGGUGAAAGUAUAAACUUAAACUUCUUAUAGUGAAAUUUACAGAGUGUCUUUAAUGUUUCGUUUUCAUGUAUUGUACAAUUUACAACACUGCUCCUGCACACUCUGCACCCUCUUCAGCCAAAGCAGUAUUAUUUUUCUCAAACUCAGAGCUGUAAAACAAUCAAACUGCUUCGCUAAGUGUCAUAUUUCAUCACCAAAAACAGAAACAAGCUGCCAAGAAAAUAUCACAAACUCACUGUGGAGAAGUGUUGAAAUCUGAUUUGGUGAGACACAUUUUACACUUAACGAUGCUUCCACAGUGUUGUAUUAAAUGUCUAUAUCUUGUAUGUAUUCAAUUGCCAUUCUACACAGAUCUGACAUGUAACCACAGUUUAUGUAACUUGUAUGGAUGAAUUUGAACAUCUCCAAAUAAAUAAAUGCAGACCAUGAGAUAAAGGUACAUCAC